AUGGCAGUGGAUGAACAAAUGAUCCCGUUUAGUGGAGCAUGUGCAAUAAAACAAUUUGUCAUGGGAAAGCCAAAUCCUGAAGGGCUUAAAAAUUUUGUGUUGGCUGCUCCUUCAGGACUAGUCCUUGACUUUGAGAUUUAUCAGGGUAAAGGAACAUUCCCAGAAGCUAUUGGUCAACAAUUAAAACAAGGAAUAGGGGCCUCAGCAGUCCUCAGGCUUUGCCACAGCCUUCCAGAAGGAACACAUGUGUUCUUUGAUAGGUAUUUUACCUCUGUUCCGUUACUGGAAUCACUGGCUGAAAAAAACUUGCCUGCCACUGGAACAAUCAUGAAGUCAAGAAUACCCAGAGCAGUGCAUCUGACAGCAGACAAGAUUCUUGCAAAUCAAGGACGUGGGUCUGUUGACCAGACAGUGAGAAAAGACAAACUCAUUUCUAUUGUAAAAUGGUAUGACCAAAAGCCAGUCAUAACUGCAUCGACGAAGGUUGGGAAGAACCCUAUGGAUCAAUGUACAAGGUGGUCGAAAAAAGAUCGGAUAUACAUUCAGGUUCCCCGUCCAGCAGUAGUCAGCUGCUACAAUAAAAAUAUGGGUGGCAUAGACCUGAUUGACAGAAUGAUGAGUUUUUACAGGAUCUGCACCAGAACCAAAAAGUGGACCGUAAAAACUAUUUUUCACUUCAUAGAUCUGGGAAUUGCAAAUAGCUGGAUUCAGUACAGAAGUGACAGAAUUAAGAAAGAUGAGCCAAAGAAGAAUAUCCUGCAGUACCUUGAUUUCAAAAUUAGAAUUGCUGAGCAUUUGUUAAGGGGCCAAAAGGAACAACAUUCUGAUGAAGACGCUGAGGAGUCAACUCCUAAAAGGCGAAGAUUACUGCCGCCACAAUCACCUUCACCUUCUAAAAGUCCCACUGAAGAAUAUGAUGAUGGACAUCAGGAAACCAUUAGCCUCCGUGCUGAACGUCAAGAAAAUGAUGAAGAAAAUACUCAAGACAUGGAUGACGACAGCAUUGCUAAGAGCACAGUAAAAGCAACAGGAACGUCGGCGCAAGAGAACCAAUUUGCGACGCCAGUUUAA